UGCUACCAGUCAGUUCGGUCGGGGCCUUAGAUCGGUCAACAUGCGGUCUAUAAGUUACAUUCUUACGUUAUUUGGAUUAUCCUUGGCGGCUGCGAACCAGACGCCUUGUAUAGAACUGAAUGAUGGCAACAAGAUGCCGGUCGUUGCUCUGGGAACUGGUCGAGGGACCGCAAGUGAGUCCGCACCAAUAGACGAAGUCCGUCAGUCCGUUUACUGGGCUAUCGAGGCUGGCUACAGACAUAUUGACACAGCUGCUAUCUACUUCGACGAGCCUCAAGUCGGCCAGGGCAUAGCUGACGCGAUAACUAACAAGCUGGUAACAAGAGAAGAAUUAUUUGUCACCACUAAGCUAUGGAAUAACAAACACCGCAGAGAGCAGGUGGUGCCCGCACUCAAAGAGUCCCUCGGGAAGCUUGGUCUUGAAUACAUUGAUCUCUAUCUGAUUCAUUUCCCUAUAGCUGAAAAGGACGACGGUUCCCCUGAUAAUGUCGACUAUUUGGAGACCUGGCAGGGAAUGGAAGACGCCAAGGCGCUUGGUUUGACCAAGUCUAUUGGAGUGUCUAACUUCAAUGCCACACAGAUUGACCGAUUGAUCGCCAACGCGAAAGUCUUACCUGUUGUCAAUGAAGUUGAGGUAAACCCAACUCUUACUCAAGAACCAUUAGUAAGUCAUUGCCAUAAGCUUGGUAUCGCGGUGAUGGCGUACAGCCCCUUCGGUUUCACAGUCUCCAGAAACAAUCCCGACGCUCCACCACCACGUUCUGAUGACCCCGUACUCGUCGCAAUGGCCAACAAGUACAAGAAGUCCACCAGCCAGAUAGUCCUGAGAUAUUUGAUCGACCGCGGCCUCGUUCCCAUACCUAAGUCUACGAACAAGAAAAGAAUCGCUCAGAACAUCGACCUGUUCGACUUCUACCUGACCAAAGAAGAAGUUGAAUUAAUCAACAAAUUCAACAAAAACAUGCGUGUCAUCAACCCCGUCGAUUGGAAGGAUUAUCCCAAUUACCCAUUUUGGGAAUAUUAAUUUUUAUUAAAUAUAAAUUGUAAUAUAUUUUAAGUAUAAUAAUAAAAAAUUAUUAAGUAA